AUGAUCGACUUUAUAACGGAUGUUCGAAUUCCUCGCUGUUAUUUUCCUGAUGCAUCGGUACAAACCUACAAUCAGGCUGAACUUCAUGUUUUUGUUGAUGCGAGUCUUCUCGCGUAUGCUUGUGCCUUAUAUCUGCGAACGACUAAUAGCAACGGUACGCCUCAGUGCACGUUAAUCGCGGCAAAGGCAAAAGUCGCACCGCUCAAACCCAUGACGAUACCGAAAUUGGAACUACAAGGCUGUGUAUUGGGAACCAGAUUGGCGAAAUUCGUCGAGAGCAACCACUCGGUCACUAUUGGCAGGAAAAUUUUGUGGACAGAUAGCUCAGUCGCCCUUUCGUGGAUUCGAGCUGAUCCUAGAAACUACAGACAGUUCGUAGCGAAUCGGGUUGGCGAAAUCCAAGAGUCAACAACCGGUGACGAAUGGAGAUGGGUCCCCUCUGAAUCAAACCCUGCCGACGAAGCUACAAAGUGGGGGACUGGACCAAACUUUGGCAAUAGUUUAUGGUACAAUGGACCAGAGUUUUUACGCUGCUCCGAGAAUAAAUGGCCGCGUGCCGCUGAUGACGUUGUGAAUACCACCGAAGAAAUUAGAUCAUCCAUUCUUUUUCAUAAAGCCUGGCAGCCAGUGAUUGAAUACCGUCGUUUUUCCAAAUGGGAGAGGCUUCUGCGGAGUGUCGCCUAUGCGCUCCGAUUUUUGUAUAUUUAUCUAAAAAAGGGGAGAAGACACGGCCAUCUGACGCAGCCGGAACUGGAAGCGGCCGAAAUUGAAAUAUUAAGGCAAGUUCAAAUGGAAUCUUACCCAGAUGAAGUGGCCACUCUGAGAAAAAAUCAAAAGCUACCAAAGGAUAAACAGGAGCCAAUCGAGAAGACGAGCUUGAUUUAUCAGCUUAGACCGAUGUUAGAUGAACAGGGAAUACUGCGGCAAAAUAGUCGAAUUGCGACAGCAAAGCAUAUAAACUAUAACGUACGCUGUCCGAUAAUUUUACCACGAAAACAUUACUGUACAGGUCUACUUGUGGAGAAAUACCAUCGCACCUACCAUCACGCGAACGCGGAAACUGUCGUGAACGAAGUGCGUCAAUUGUUUGUCAUUCCGAAGCUCCGAACGCUGGUGAGAGAAGUUGGACGAAAUUGCCAGUGGUGUAAAGUGCGCCGAGCGCAGCCUGCAGUUCCGCCAAUGGCACCGUUGCCAUUUGCCCGCCUGGCUGUAUACGACCGACCGUUCAGUUACGUCGGACUGGAUUACUUUGGCCCACUGUUGAUAAAACAAAACCGUUCUACUGUUAAAAGAUGGGUUGCGCUCUUCACGUGCUUAACGGUUCGGGCAGUGCAUCUCGAAGUAGCGCACAGUCUUACGACUGCAUCGUGUAUUUCCUGCAUACGUCGUUUCGUUAACCGCCGGGGUUCACCUGUAGAAAUAUUUAGUGACAAUGCUACCAAUUUCCAUGGGGCUGAACGAAUACUCCGUAAGCAAAUCAAUCGAGAAUGUGCGAUGAUGUUUACUAGCUCUAAAACGAAGUGGAGCUUCAUCCACCCUAGUGCACCACAUAUGGGUGGCGCAUGGGAACGCCUAGUUCGCUCAGUAAAGGAGGCAAUGUCAGAAGCAUAUGUCGAAGGGAAACUGAACGAUGAAGAAUUGCAUACCUUGAUCGUAGAGGCAGAGGGCAUCGUAAAUAGCAGACCACUAACUUACCUACCACUCGAUUCCGCGGAAUCCGAAGCUCUCACCCCUAAUCACUUUUUAUUGGGUAGCUCUAGUGGAGCUAAGCAACCGAACAAUAACAUCAACCACUCAAACAAUACUUCUCGCGAGUCGUGGGAUCAAAUAAAAGGUCAACUGGAUUGCUACUGGAAACGUUGGCUAAAGGAAUACUUGCCAGUGAUCAGGAAACAAACUAAGUGGUUCGAGAACUCUCGACGUGUCGAAGUUGGGGAUGUUGUAUUGAUAGCCGACGAAGGCAAACGGGAUGCAUGGACACGCGGACGUGUCAUUGACGUCAUCACUGCACCAGAUGGUCACGUUCGCCAGGCUACAGUGAACACUGCGAAAGGAGUUAUUAGACGACCUGUAUCCAGAAUAGCGGUGCUCGACGUAGGAAUCGAUGGUGCGACCGGUGGACCGCACCCGGGGGAGGAUGUUAACACAGGGACGUUACUGUGCGAUGUUACCACAGGGACGUCGAGUUCCCAGCAAACCGACAACCUUGCCGUCUGA